UUUACUGUUUGAAGCUUUAAAGCUCCAUUAUACUAGAAUAUGUAUAUAUAUAUAUAUAUAGCUGCAUGGAUGAUUUUACAAGUAAACAAAGAGAUAUGGCAACAACAUUCAUCUGCCAAAAGCCCUCAUUCAGACAAACUGUGAAACAUUUCAGCCAUCAACAUCCCCUGCGUCCAUUUGAACCCAAUGACCAAGAUGAAAUUAUUUGUUCUGGUUGUGAGCUUGAUAUUUCAUCUCCACCAGCUUACAAAUGCACUAACUCCAACUGUGAUUACUUCCUUCAUAAGUCAUGCUUUAAACUCCCACGUGACCUUCAACACAAAUUCCACCCUGCUCACCCUCUCAUCCUCCUUUCUUCUCCAGCUUAUACCGGGGGGAGAUUCAUUUGCAGCGCUUGUGAUGAUUAUGGCACUGCUUUUAACUAUCACUGCUCCACUUGUAAGUAUGAUCUUCAUGUUGCUUGUUCUAAGUUGCCUCAAACUCUGAAUGUUGAACAUCAUGACCACCCACUCACUCUCUUCAGCUCCUCUUCUUGCGAUAGAGACAUCGAAACAUUUAUUUGUGUUAUCUGUAAUCGCACUGUUCGGAAGAGCCGUUGGGUGUACUACUGCCCGGAUUGUGAUUAUGGUAUGGAUAUAUGUUGUGCAAAUUCUUCAAAAGAAGAAUCAACUUAUUCAUCGUCAUCAGCCAACAGAUGUACUAAGUCCAAUUGUGGGCCUUUAUACAAGUCAUGCUUGAAAUUGCCAUGGAAGCUUCAACACGAAAUGCACCCUGAUCAUCCUCUUGCCCUAUUCCCAACUCCAGCUUAUGCCAGUGGCGGAUUCAGAUGCAAUGCUUGUGAUGAAACUGGGACUCGUUUUAACUAUCACUGUUCCGAUUGCAAAUACGAUCUUCAUAUUGCUUGUUCCAAGCUGCCUCAAACUAUGAAGCUUGAAGAUCAUGAGCACCCGCUUGAGCUCUUCAAUUCCUCUAUAUUUGAUGAUUUAAUUUGUGAUAUCUGCGAUCAAAUUAUUCCCAAGAAUCGUUGGGUCUAUAACUGUUGUGAUGGAGAUUGUGAUUAUGGUGUAGAAGUACGAUGUGUAACUGCAGUAGAUGAUACAAAAGAGAGAGAAGAAGAAUCAAGAGAAAAACCCAACUGCACGCAGGAAUCAAUUAUCAAGUAUUCCUUAUCACAAGUUGAAAACCAAUUACGAAUGCUUCAGGUUCAGAACGAAACCAAAUUCCAAACUGAAACAAAAAUAAUCAGUGAAAUGAGGAGGAAUAUGGCCAAGUUAAUCAAUUAAGUCUGGUUUUUAUAAACUAUUGUUAUGGAUGGUGUUUGCUUUGUAUUUCUGUUGUCUUGUAAUUUGUUUGGGUUA